AUGGAGCCCCAGCGCCGGGAGCUGCUCGCCCAGUGUCAGCAGAGCCUGGCCCAGGCCAUGACCGAGGUGGAGGCCGUACUCGGGCUGCUCGAGGCCGCGGGAGCGCUGAGCCCCGGCGAGCGGCGGCAGCUGGACGAGGAGGCGGGAGGCGCCAAGGCGGAGCUGCUGCUCAAGCUGCUGCUGGCCAAGGAGCGGGACCACUUCCAGGACCUGCGGGCGGCGCUGGAGAAGACGCAGCCUCACCUGCUGCCCAUUCUCUACCUGAACGGCGUCGUCGGGCCGCCGCAGCCCUCGGAGGGCGCCGGCUCCACCUACAGCGUCUUGUCCAUCAUGCCCUCAGACUCAGAAAGCAGCAGCUCCCUCAGCAGCGUGGGUACCACUGGGAAGGCACCAUCCCCACCACCCCUCCUCACUGACCGGCAGGUGAACGAGAAGGUGGAGAACCUCUCCAUUCAGCUGCGGCUGAUGACCCGAGAGAGGAAUGAACUGCGGAAGCGCCUGGCCUUUGCGACGCAUGGGACGACCUUUGAUAAGAGGCCCUACCACAGGCUAAAUCCCGACUACGAGAGGCUGAAGAUCCAGUGCGUGCGGGCCAUGUCGGACCUGCAGAGCCUGCAGAAGCAGCACACCAACGCCUUGAAGAGGUGCGAGGAGGUGGCCAAGGAGACCGACUUCUACCACACACUCCACAGCCGGCUCCUGAGCGACCAGACCCAGCUGAAGGAUGAUGUGGACAUGCUGAGGCGGGAGAACGGACAACUGCUGCGGGAACGUAACCUGCUGCAGCAGUCAUGGGAGGACAUGAAGCGGCUCCAUGAGGAGGACCAGAAGGAGAUCGGUGACCUCCGGGCCCAACAGCAGCAGGUGUUGAAGCUCAACGGGUCAUCAGAAAUUCUCAAUAAGCUGUACGACACGGCCAUGGACAAGCUGGAGGUGGUCAAGAAGGACUAUGACGCCCUGCGGAAGAGAUACAGCGAGAAGGUCGCCAUCCACAACUCCGACCUGAGCCGUCUGGAGCAGCUGGAGGAGGAGAACCGGCGUCUGCUCAAGCAGACAGAGAUGCUGACGCAGCAGAGGGACACGGCCAUCCAGCUGCAGCACCAGUGUGCCCUUUCCCUGAGGAGGUGUGAGGCCAUCCACCACGAGCUGAACAAGGCCACGGCGCAGAACAAGGACCUGCAGUGGGAGAUGGAGCUGCUGCAGUCGGAGCUGACCGAGCUGAGGACCGCACAGGCGAAAAUGGCCAAGGAGUCGGAGAAGUACAAGGAGGAGCGGGACGCGGUGUACAGCGAGUACAAGCUGAUCAUGAGCGAGCGUGACCAGGUCAUCUCCGAGCUGGACAAGCUGCAGACCGAGGUGGAGCUGGCCGAGUCCAAGCUCAAGAGCAGCACGUCCGAGAAGAAGGCGGCCAGCGAGGAGAUGGAGGCCCUGCGGCAGAUCAAAGACACGGUGACAAUGGACGCUGGCAGAGCCAACAAGGAGGCUGAACUCCUUCGAAAGCAGUGCAAGGCUCUGUGCCAGGAGCUGAAGGAAGCCCUCCAGGAGGCGGACGUGGCCAAGUGCCGGCGGGACUGGGCCUUCCAGGAGCGGGACAAGAUCGUGGCAGAGCGGGACAGCAUCCGGACGCUGUGUGACAACCUAAGGCGGGAGCGGGACCGGGCGGUGAGCGAGCUGGCCGAAGCUCUGCGCAGCCUGGACGACACGCGCAAACAGAAGAAUGAUGUCAGCCGGGAGCUCAAGGAGCUCAAGGAGCAGAUGGAGUCCCAGUUGGAGAAGGAGGCCCGGUUCCGGCAGCUGAUGGCCCACAGCUCCCAUGACUCGGCCAUCGACACAGAUUCCAUGGAGUGGGAAACAGAAGUUGUGGAGUUCGAAAGGGAGACGGAGGAUAUUGACUUGAAAGCACUUGGGUUCGAUAUGGCAGAAGGUGUGAAUGAACCUUGUUUGCCUGGGGACUGUGGGAUAUUUGUCACUAAAGUGGACAAAGGAAGCAUUGCUGACGGCCGCUUAAGGGUCAAUGACUGGCUGCUGAGAAUCAACGACGUGGACCUCAUCAACAAGGACAAGAAGCAGGCCAUCAAGGCCCUCCUCAACGGGGAGGGGGCCAUCAACAUGGUCGUGCGGCGGAGGAAGUCCCUGGGCGGGAAGGUGGUCACACCCCUGCACAUCAACCUGAGUGGACACAAAGACAGCGGCAUCAGUCUGGAGAACGGAGUGUAUGCUGCCGCUGUGGUGCCUGGAAGCCCGGCUGCCAAGGAGGGGUCCCUGGCUGUGGGAGACAGGAUUGUGGCGAUCAACGGCAUUGCCCUGGACAACAAGUCUCUGAAUGAGUGUGAAUCCCUACUACGUAGCUGCCAGGACUCCCUGACCCUGUCCCUCCUGAAGGUGUUCCCUCAGAGCUCCUCGUGGAGUGGCCAGAACAUCUUUGAGAACAUCAAGGACUCUGAUAAGGUGCUGAGCGCCCGAGCCCACGGCCCCGAGGUCCAGGCUCAGCAUAAACGGAGCUUGUUGCAGCACAAUAACUCCACGCAGACGGACAUCUUCUACGCAGACAGGCUGGAGGACAGGAGGGAGCUGGGACCCCCGGGGGGCAGCAGCUCCUUCCUGCACAAGCCGUUCCCUGGGGGACCCUUCCCAGUCUCCCCCCAGGCCUGUCCCAGCGCCUCCGAGCGCAGCCUGAGCUCCUUCCGCUCAGACACCUCUGGGGAGCGUGGCUACGGGCUGGUGGAUGUGCGCAGCCGGCGACCACUGCUGCCCUUCGAGACUGAGGGGGGCCCCUGCGGGGCAGCAGAGGCCCCCCUGGAUAAGGCAGACACUGAGGGCUCCAACAGCGGUGGGACCUGGCCCAAGGCCGUGCUCAGCUCCACAGCAGGGCCCGAGAAGCUCUCUGUUUAUAAGAAGCCAAAGCAAAGAAAGUCUAUCUUCGACCCUAACACUUUCAAACGCCCCCAGACUCCCCCCAAAAUAGACUACCUGCUCCCUGGCCCUGGGUCUGCUCACUCCCCCCAGCCCUCCAAGAGGGUGGGACCUCUGACGCCCCCAAAACCUCCCAGGAGGAGCGACUCCAUUAAGUUCCAGCACAGACUGGAAACCAGUUCCGAGUCCGAGGCCACUCUGGUGGGCAGCUCACCAUCCACCAGCCCCCCGAGUGCGCUGCCCCCUGACAUGGACCCUGGGGAACCCGCGCACACCUCACCCCCUCGCAAGGGCAGGGUCCGCAUUGCUUCCAGCUACUACCCUGAAGGGGACGGGGACUCCUCCUACCUGCCUGCCAAGAAGUCCUGUGACGGGGACCUCACCUCCCAGAAGAUGGACGAGCUGGGGCAGAAGCGCCGUCGCCCGAAGUCCGCUCCGAGCUCUCGGCCCAAGCUGGCUCCCGUCACGAUUCCUGCUCCAUUCCUGGAGGAGCAGAAGUGCAGCCCGGCCAGUGGAGAACUCUGCCCAGAGCUCCAGGAAUGGUCUCCGUACUCGCCAGGGCACUCCAGGCACAGCAACCCCCCUUUCUACCCCGGCAGGGCAUCUGUGGGCACCGUGCCCCGGAGUAUGACCCCGAGCACCACUGUGAGCUCCAUCCUGAGGAACCCCAUCUACACCGUGCGUAGCCACAGGGUUGGUCCGUGCAGUUCUCCGCCUGUGCCCAGAGAGGUCGGCCUCCAGGGUUUGCAUCCCAGCGUCCAGCACCAGGGACGCCUGAGCCUGGAUCUGAGCCACAGGUUUGGCAGCGACUACUCAGAUAUGAGAACCUCCCACGGGUCCAACUCUCUGCCCUCCAGCGCCCGCCUUGGAGUGCGGGCGGUGUUAAAUCCCAGGCCUGAAGUUUUGUCCCCUCGUGGAAACGUAGGGUCUUCAAGCAACUUGCAGUUCAAGGCAGAACGCAUUAAAAUCCCCUCAACGCCAAGAUACCCCCGGUCCGUCGUGGGCUCCGACAGAGGUUCAUUGUCACAUUCGGAAUGCAGCACGCCUCCGCAGUCCCCCCUGAACAUCGACACCCUGUCCUCAUGUAGCCAGUCCCAGACCUCAGCCUCCACGUUGCCCAGAAUUGCCGUCAACCCUGCGGCCCUCGGGGAAUGGAGGAAGGACAGGCCCUAUGCGGAGGAGCCACGUCAUGUCAAGCUGCAGAAGGGCUCAGAGCCACUGGGCAUCUCCAUCGUGAGUGGAGAGAAGGGCGGGGUCUACGUCUCCAAGGUGACAGGGGGGAGCAUCGCUCACCAAGCUGGCCUGGAAUAUGGGGAUCAGUUACUUGAGUUCAAUGGCAUAAACCUGCGGAGCGCCACGGAGCAGCAGGCCCGGCUCAUCAUUGGGCAGCAGUGUGACACUAUCACCAUCCUGGCCCAAUAUAACCCACACAUGCACCAGCUCAGCAGCCACUCUCGGUCCAGCUCCCACCUGGACCCUGCCAGCACCCACUCCACGCUCCAGGGCAGCAGUGCCACCACCCCGGAGCACCCCUCUGUCAUUGACCCGCUGAUGGAGCAGGAUGAGGGCCCUGGCACCCCCCUGGCCAAGCCCAGUUCCAGGAUGGUGGGAGAUGCCAAUAAGAAGACCCCAGAGCCACGAGUUGUCUUCAUCAAAAAGUCCCAGCUGGAGCUUGGAGUCCAUUUAUGUGGAGGGAACCUGCACGGGGUGUUUGUGGCGGAGGUGGAGGAUGACAGUCCUGCCAAGGGCCCUGAUGGCCUUGUGCCGGGGGACCUCAUCCUCGAGUAUGGCAGUCUGGAUGUGCGCAGCAAGACAGUGGAGGAGGUCUACGUGGAGAUGCUGAAGCCCAAGGACAGUGUCCGUCUCAAGGUGCAGUACCGCCCGGAGGAGUUCUCCAAGGUCAAGGGCCUGCCUGGCGACAGCUUCUACGUCAGGGCCCUCUACGACCGGCUGGCGGAGGCGGAACAUGAGCUGAGCUUUAAGAAGGACGACAUCCUCUACGUCGAUGACACCUUGCCUCAGGGCACAUUUGGGUCCUGGAUGGCCUGGCAGCUGGACGAGAAUGCCCAGAAGAUCCAGCGCGGGCAGAUCCCCAGCAAAUACGUGAUGGACCAAGAAUUCUCCAGGAGACUCAGCAUGUCUGAGGUCAAAGAUGACAACAACGCCGCAAAGACACUGUCAGCGGCCGCACGCAGGUCCUUCUUUCGAAGGAAACAUAAGCACAAACGCAGCGGGUCCAAAGAUGGGAAAGACCUCCUUGCAUUGGACACCUUUUCCAAUGACACCAUUCCACUCUUUGAAGAUUCAGUGAGUCUCGCCUAUCAGCGGGUCCAGAAAGUAGACUGCACCUCCCUGAGGCCCGUCCUAAUCCUGGGGCCUUUACUGGACGUGGUGAAGGAAAUGCUGGUGAACGAGGCGCCUGGCAAGUUCUGCAGAUGCCCCCUUGAGGUGAUGAAGGCCUCCCAGCAGGCCAUCGAGCGGGGCGUCAAAGACUGCCUGUUUGUUGACUACAAGCGGAGGAGUGGCCAUUUCGACGUGACCACGGUGGCUUCCAUAAAGGAGAUUACAGAAAAGAACCGGCACUGUCUCCUGGACAUCGGCCCGCACGCCAUCGAACGGCUGCACCACUUGCAUAUCUACCCCAUCGUCAUCUUCAUCCACUACAAGAGCGCCAAACACAUCAAGGAGCAGAGAGACCCCAUCUACCUGAAGGACAAGGUGACUCAGAGGCAUUCCAAAGAGCAGUUUGAGACGGCUCAGAAGAUUGAACAGGAGUAUAGUCGGUACUUCACAGGGAUCAUCCAGGGAGGAGCCCUGUCGAGCAUUUGCACUCAGAUCUUGGCAGUGGUCAGUCAAGAACAAAAUAAAGUCCUGUGGAUUCCAGCCUGCCCACUGUAGAGGAGUGCCACGCUGGGAGUGGCUGCGGCUCGAUUGCCAGCGUGCACGUCUGGCCCAGCUCCUGCUCAGCGAUUGAAAAGUACACGUCUGUCUGUAUAUAAUAAGCACGGAAGGGAAGGAUCCAUGCACAUGGAUUCCAGAAGGACCUGCUCUGUAGACUGAGGACCACAGGAGACCGGGAUCCAGGCCCGGCCAGAAGACUGUGCUCCUCUCACACAUGUGCUUUAAGACAAAGUAAAAAACACAAAAGACUUUCGAUAGAGGGGUUCAACACCACCCUUUCUUUAGCCAGCUGAUCAGAGAUGCUGCAAAGACAACCUUUCAGAUCACAAGUUUACAAGCCUUUUCUAAGUAUUGGUUGUUUAUGUUUACUUGAAUGGCCCCGUGCUGUCGGUGCCCAGCCCUGCCCCCCACCCCGUCAGCCUCCUGUGUUGCUUUGGUGUUGGGUUUUGUUCCUGCUUUCAGCAAAACGACUCUGGAACCUCGUUGGUGGCCACGAUGGCUCCGGGAGGUUCUUAUCGGUGGGACCAGAGCUUCAGCAGACUUCCGCUCCUCCGCGGCACCUCUCCUGGCAGGACACGCCGACUGCAGGGGCUCAGACGUGGUGGCGGCAGGACCAGUGCCUUUGUGGGGCCAAGGCACCAGCGGCCGUGUUUUCCCCUCCUGCGCCAGGAAGGCCACUUGGGCGUCUUGCAAUCUCAUCGCUCGGGCUUUCUGUCCCGCCUUCCGUGUCCUCUCAUUUCUCUUCUGUCUGCGAUCAUUACGUCCGCCUUCUUCCUGGGCCGUGCCGGCUCCUUGGGGUCACCGCCAUGCCGUAGUUCCGGGCAGGGUGUAAACCGAGGGCUGGCACGUGCCACUGGGUCCUCUUUAGCUUCUGUAAAUAAUGACCGCUUUAUCAGUGCAAUUAUUGCAGGGUAAUUCUUAAACUCCAUAGGCUGGGCAGGUACCUCAGCUCUCUCGGAUACGAAAACACUCAUGUGUCAGACUUGGACCUGAGAGCUUUUAGGGGAAGCAUGAGGAGUGUCCUCGCUGUCGGACAUCUAGAGAGAAGCUGGGGAUCCUCUUAGUCUUGGUGACAGCACUCCCGGCAGAAACAGUACCCCACGAGGGUGUCUUUGGGGUUUUGUUUUUGGGUUUUUUUUUGUUUUGUUUUGUUUUUUUGCACUUCUGACGCUGGAUGUCUCUGGCUGAAGAUUUGAUGUGGUCCCUCCUGAAACUACGCGUUCUGUUAAUAAUAGGUACUGUACUGGGCUCCACGUAAGUGUCACUGGGUAGGACCUAUAUUUUAAUACUGUUCCUAACAUUUCAUUUUACUAGCCAGAAAUCUUUGAUUUCAUUUUAUUCUUUGUAAUUCUAGACAACUAGAUUGUAGUUUAGCCAAACUGACAUUUUUAAAAAAGGGAUCUAUUUUCUUGCACAGUUGUUCAAAGAGACACGUGUCAGUCCUCAGUGCUGCCCUUGGUCUCACAGGUACGCGCCUUCUUCUAGCUCAGACAACCAGGACGGACGGCGGGCUGCCUGAGGCCCUCCGCGCUGCCCGCGGGGCUGUUCCUCCGAGUCGCGGCCCGAGCAGGACUGUGAUGGUACAGUGUGCACAGGUACUGUUCUGACAGACUGGGAUUUUCUGUACUAAAACCUUACUUUGUAUCAAAAGUUAAACAGACUUUAGUACGAUAAAUAAAGGUCAAUUUCUGUAA